AUGGCAGUUCGUGCUGCACGUGCUAUUAAUCUCCGGCCUCCUCGGCUUCUCCUCCGCGUUUCGUCUUCCUUUGCGACCCUCUGUCCUUUCAUCUCUGAGGCUCUCUCGCUCCGGCUCGCCCGAAUUCUGUUUCGCCCCUCGCUCUUCCUCUCUCGCUCCGGCUUAUCCUCUUCGCCCGUCUUCUGUUUCGCCUCUCGCUCUUCCUCUCUCUCUCCUUCGUCUAAGCCCCUCUCCCCGCACUUCAAUUCCUUCCGCCUCUCUGCCCUCUCUCCCAUCUCUCCGCCUCACCCCUCUCCCGCCUUCCCCUCACCCCUUCACCCCCUCGCCCCGCCAACAGUACCGCGCGCCAAACCUCCCGCCUCGUCCCCUCUCUACAUCGUCCGCCUCCGAUCCGCCCCCGUAGCCGCGCAAACUCUCGGCAUCGACGGCAUUUCCUUCUACGGCUCUUCUCCCGACGUCGCCCAAACCGCGGAAGCCGCCACUUCCGUCGGCGCAGCCAUGGCGGCACAGUUAACGGGGGCGGCGGCGGCGGCGGGGUCGCUUGGCGGCCGGUUGCGGCGGCCGCGGCGGUUCGACGCGCAAUCGAAUGUAGUGCGGAUGCUGGUGCGGUGGCUCGGGCAACAGCAGGAGCAGGUUGCUCGUGACGUCAGCUUGCCUGCUUCCGCCGUAGCGCACAGCUACCGUUACGUUACCAACGGGUUCGCCGCGACGCUCACUGCGGGCCAGAUCCGCCGGCUGCGCAACCAUCCGUCAGUUCUGUCGGUCCGUCCGAGCCAGCGCGUGUACAAGGCGUCCACCGACACGCCCACGUUCCUGCGCCUGCCCGGCUCGCUGUGGGCGGAGGCGGGCGGGCAGAGAAGCGCGGGGGAGGGAGUGGUGGUGGGGGUCGUGGAUACCGGCAUCUGGCCCGACCAUCCCUCGUUCGCUGACGAUGGCUCGUACGCUGCUCCGCCUGCCACGUGGCGCGGCACCUGCCAGACCUCCAAGGACUUCCCCCGCUGCAACCGCAAGCUCAUCGGCGCGCGCUACUUCGUCUCCGGCUUCCGCCAAGCCUACGGGCGCGAGAGCCUCUCCGCUGACUGGCUCUCCGCGCGCGACGCCGACGGCCACGGCACGUGGUGCGCCAGCGCCGCCGCCGGGAACGCCAACGUGAGCGUCGCGCUCGCGCGCGGGCAGACCGCGGGGCUCGCGAACGGAAUGGCUCCACGCGCGCGCGUCGCGAUGUACAAAGUGUUCUGGUCGAAUUACAAUUCCGGCGGUGUGACUGCCACGUGGGCGGACAUCGAGGCCGCCGUGAAUCGCGCCGUGGCGGACGGCGUGGAUGUGCUCAGCCUGUCGCUGGGCGGCCUAGAUCCCUCCGCGGAUUACUUCGACGACUUGCCCUAUUUCUAUGCCAACGCGGUAAACAACGGCUCUCGGCUCUCGGCUCUAGUACCAUCCGAUCUCCUUCUUUUGUGGACGAAGCGAUGCCACAGUACCACAACAUCCUCUCCCUCGCCUCCCUCUACCACCCAUCCCCACCACCACUCACUCCCCUCUCUCCUCCUUCGCCCCUCGUCGCCUCUUCCUCUCCUCCCCGCCUCCCAGGCGGGUACAGUGGUGGUGUAUGCAGCGGGCAACGAGGGGCCACCGCCGUACAGCUCAUCCAUGUAUCGCACCAUCUCCAACUUCUCGCCCUUCUACCUCACCGUUGGCGCCUCCACCAUCUCCCGCCGCUACCUCACCAACCUCACUCUCGCCGAUGGGACAGUCCUUACCCUAGAAGGGCUGGGAGGCGGGAGCGUGAACACCCAGAACGUGGGGAUCGUGGAUUCUGUCCUCGCUAAGAGCUCCUCCGUUACAAACUUCAAGGCGGUGUACUGCUACGGCUCGUCGCUCGACUCUGCUAAAGUCUCGGGGCGGAUCCUGGUUUGUCAGUAUGGCGGCGGGGCGACUCUUGAAACGAAAAUCAGAGAAGCAGUAGCACGGGGUGCUAGAGCACUGCUGGUCACGAACGUGCCUGAAAGUGCAAGAUACUACCUGCCCUAUGAUUCCCGCCUGCCCAUGAUGUAUGUCGACGCUGCUGCAGCCGCCACUAUCCGAACAUUCAUCAGGUCCCAGACCACCCCGACAGCCAGCCUUGCCGCCUCUUACGUAACAGAUCCCGCCGCUGCUGUAGCUCCGGUUACUGCAUCGUUCUCCUCUACAGGGCCAGUUGCCAAUCCCGACGUUGCCGUCGGCGCGACCUACCCGACCAAUGACGUCCUAAAGCCGGAUGUGAUUGCUCCCGGCGUGUCGCUCUGGGGGGCGUGGCGCGACUCGUCGCUCGCCACAAAAACAACUGCACGCUUCAACAUGAUUUCUGGAACAUCCAUGGCUACGCCGCACAUUGCCGGGAUUGCUGCGCUGCUCAUCCAACGGAAUCCCUCGUGGACUGCGCCGCAGGUCAUGUCUGCAUUGAUGACCACCGCCAGCACGACCAACAACCUCGGGAUUCCCAUCAGCACUUCUUCUGGAGCCCCUGCCUCUCCCUUUGACAUGGGUCAGGGGCAUGUGGACCCCGAGAGGCUUCUCGACCCAGGGCUGACCUACCCUGCCGCUCCUGCCCAUUACUUGAAUUUUCUCGCGGGGCAGAAUAUGACGAGGGCACGGCUACUUGUAUCGAGAAAUACGUCCCUGAAUGCUAUCCCUGCUUACAACCUCAACCGGCCACAGAUCUCGGUUUCGCGGCUGCGAGGCGUUGUGAAUGUGACGCGGUGGGUGGUGAACACGGCCACCGUUGUCUCAAAUUACACUGGAGAGGUGGUGCCUCCUUUUGGCGCGAGUGUGACUCUUUACCCACCCUCGUUUACGAUAGAGCCUGGAAAGACUCAGGUGUUCACAGUUGAGUUAAAGGCCACGGGUGUGUCCUCCGGCUUCUCGUUUGGUAGUUUGACGUGGAAGGAUGAGCUCGGGCAUUCCGUGCGAUCUGUGAUUGCUGUGCAACAGGCCCCUAGAUUCGUUUUGAGGUAG